AUCCCCUGUCCUAAUCUGUUCGUACAUCUCGCCACCGCCGUAUUUAUUAAUUAUUUUAUUACUUUACAUAAAACCCGAAAGGCCAAACACUGAAACACUGGACAAAAAACACAGCAGCACUUGAAAACAAGGACAAAGCUCUCUGCUCUCUUUGUCUGUUGCUUUAUGUGUUAGAGGACUCUGAUACAAAGUGGCAAAGAGAUAUCUUCUCCUCCUUGGCUCUCUAACUUAUUUUCCUUUUGGCUAAGAAAAUAAACAAGAAAAGAAAACCAUUCUUGUAUCAAAGCAAUGGUUAAGUGCUAUCCUCUCGACUUUCUCUUUGUAAAUAUCGCUCUGGCUUGCCUUAAUGCUCUUCUUGCAUUUCUUGCCUUCUUUCAGCUUUCUCGGAUUCACCUGCGGAAUCAACAAGUAGGAUGGACACGUCAAAAAGUUCUUCAUCUCAUGAUAGGCUCAUCUAACUGUGGUUAUUUCAUUUAUUUUUUGUGCAUGGUUGUUGCCACAUGCAAAAGGUGGCUUUGCUGGUUUGAUGUGUGUGGCUUUGUUCUCAUGGCCUUCCCCAAGAUUCUGUUUUUGGCCGCAUUUCUUCUUCUUCUAUCUUUCUGGGUCGACCUUUGCCAUCAGGCAAAUGAUGAAGAGGAUGGUGAUGAAGAAAAUAGUAAUCAGCAGGCUUUGCUGGAAAGUUCAAAGAGCAAGGCAGGUUUGUCAAAGACCAAUAGUCGUUGGAAAUGUUGCUCAUUCCAAGGCAUUCAUGUUGGUAGCAGACAAAAAUUUGUUAUUGUGGUCAUUUUGCUCAACAUCAUCUUAAUGAUCUCCUUUGCUGCAAUAAUCUGGAUUGGUGCAGGGAAGAAUCCUAGUGAUUCUUUAGUAGUUGCUCGGGUAUAUAUAGAUUUCUUUGCCAUAUCAGUACUUAUUCUGGGUGGAGCUUUCGGUUGCUAUGGUUUCCUUCUAUUUUCCAAAUUGAGGAGAGUAAGGUCCGAGAAAGCUUCAUCAGAAAUGUGGAAGGUGGUUGGUUUAUCAGUUGUUUCUGUCUUGGGUUUCACAUCAAGUUCUUUAAUAGCUCUUCUUACAGAUAUUCCUAUUUUUCAUAAUUGGAAUCUGAAGAAGAUAAAUGGAGUAAAAGCACUGGUUCUGCUCAUUUUGCACUAUGUGUUAGGUUCAUCAGCCCCCUUUGCUUUUGUAUUAUGGUUCAUGAGAGAGCUGCCACCUCCAUCCACAAAUAAUAGGCAAGAACAGCCAAGAGCACUAACUUUUAUCAGUUCUGGAGCAGCAGGAAUGCAUCAUCAUUGAUCCUGGGCUACUGCAACAAGUUCAAACAAUUAGGGGUAGAUUUCCAGCAGAAAACCAGGGAAAAGAACAGGAAAGAUCAAAGGCAGGCAGCUUGAAGAACAAGAACAAGCCAACGAGCUUCAGUGAUCAAGAAACCGAGCAAGAAGAUGAUAAGAGAGAAAGAGAGAGCCUCCUAACACAACAUUUCAAAUUGAAUCUUUCGAAAAGCUAUUAAAAUGGAUCUAACCAACAAAUUCAAUAGAGUGGAUCUUUCAUAACUUUGAAUCAGGCUGCAAACAGAUCAAGUCAAACCAGGCAUUGCCAACUCAAUUUGAGCUAGAGUUUGUCAAGUUGGAUUUUGUUCAUUGUAGUUUACGACAGUAUAUGAAAACAAAAUCUCCAAAAGUGACGAUUUUGAGUGAUUCUACAUUCAUCAAUACAUUCUGAAUGUCAAAGUAGAAGCGUGGGGCCAAAGCUAGCAAGGCGAAGCACUGCACCACCUUUUCCUUGAAGCGAAGUUGAGUUUCCUGUUGGAAUUGUCAAACACUCAAAAGUCCUUGAAAAAUGCAAAACUGCCUACUAACUUUUAGAAUUAAAUUUCAAGUUUAAUUUAUUAAAAUACUAACUUUGG